GGCGCGGCACGGCGGCGUCCGCAGCCGGUACUCGUCUCCAGUGCCGACAGCGCUGAGGUCGCUCCGGCAACGGGCGGCGAUCAUGGCUCUCAUGUUGGUGUGUGUCCGCUCCCCGCACCUCCUCUGCAGCCUCCUCCUGCUGCUCACCAUGGUCCUCGGCUCAGGUGAUGUUGGGAAAACUCAUCCCGUGCACGGCCACCACACAAAUGUGACCACUGUGAGCAAACCCUUCCCAGUGGUCGGCGUUGACUUUGAACAUGUCCGUGCCCCGUUCGUGGUGGCUCUGUGGAUCCUUUUAGCCUCUAUCAUGAAACUGGGUUUUCACUUUCUCCCAAGGGUGCAAUCACUUGUCCCAGAGAGCUGUGUGCUGGUGUGCGUGGGCCUGGUUGUAGGAGGUCUGAUAAAGGGUUUAGGAUCAGAGCCACCUAUCUUGAAGGCAGAUGUAUUCUUUUUUUAUCUCCUUCCGCCCAUCAUUUUGGAUGCUGGCUACUUCUUGCCAAUUCGACCUUUCACAGAGAACUUGGGAACAAUAUUGAGCUUUGCAGUGAUUGGAACACUUUGGAAUGCAUCCUUCAUUGGAUUACUGAUGUACGCAGUGUGUCGGUACAGUAAUGCUGGUCUGCAGCAUGUGGGUCUCCUGGCCAACCUGGUGUUUGGUAGCAUCACUUCUGCUGUAGAUCCCGUGGCGGUGUUGGCUGUCUUUGAAGAGAUUCAUAUCAAUGAACUGCUGCACAUUCUGGUAUUCGGAGAGUCUUUGCUCAAUGAUGCGGUGACUGUGGUGUUGUAUCACCUCUUUGAAGAACUUGCUGACGCUACUGUAAUUGGAGCUAAGGAAGUUGUCCUGGGACUCCUGUCCUUCUUUGUGGUGGCUAUUGGAGGUAUCCUUGUUGGAACUUUAUUUGGAUUUUUGGCUGCGUUCACCUCCCGCUUUACAUCUCAUAUUCGUGUUAUCGAACCUCUCUUCGUUUUCCUCUACAGUUACAUGAGUUAUUUGUGUUCGGAGCUCUUCCAUCUCUCGGGAAUCAUGGCCCUUAUUGCCUGUGGUGCAGUCAUGCGCCCUUAUGUGGAGGCAAACAUAUCUCAUAAAUCACACACUACCAUUAAGUACUUCCUGAAAAUGUGGAGCAGUGUGAGUGAGACUCUCAUCUUCAUCUUCCUGGGUGUUUCCACAUUUGCUGGAGAGCACGAGUGGAACUGGACCUUUGUGAGCAGCACAGUGGCAUUCUGCCUGGUUGGUCGUGUCCUUGGUGUCCUAGGUAUGACUUCAAUACUAAACAGAUUUCGCGUUGUGAAACUCACCCCCAAGGACCAGUUCAUAAUUUCAUAUGGGGGCCUGCGAGGAGCUAUCGCCUUUUCACUUGGCUACCUGCUGAAUGAGCGAUUCCCUCGAACCAUGUUCCUCACUGCCAUUAUUACACUCAUCUUCUUCACUGUCUUUGUGCAGGGGAUGACGAUUCGACCAUUGGUUGAAUUGCUUGCUGUGAAGAAGAAACAAGACUCCAAACGUUCCAUUAAUGAAGAGAUCCACACACAGUUUCUGGAUCAUUUACUGACUGGCAUUGAAGAUGUAUGUGGACAUUAUGGGCAUCACCACUGGAAAGACAAGCUGAACCGGAUUAAUAAGAAAUACAUUAGAAAAUGUUUAAUUAGUGGAGAACGAUCAAAAGAACCACAGCUUAUUGCAUUUUAUCACAAGAUGGAGAUGAAACAUGCAAUUGAAAUGGUAACGACUGGUGGCCAAUCCAGGUUUCCCAAACUUUCUAUACAGGAUUUGACAAGGUCAAGUACAAUGACUGAACGACUACUGCCCACACUUUCAAGAGAAAAAGAGCAGGAAGUCCGGAAAAUACUUCGAGAGAAUCUCCAAAAAUCAAGAAUGCGGCUUCGAUCCUACAGUAGGCACACUCUGGUUGUUGACUCAUAUGAGGACCAAUGGAGUCAAAUGUUAAUUAAACGUCAAAGAUUGCAAAGUUUGGAUGCACGGGCGACUUCCCAGAUGUUAGCUCCGCCUAAUGAAUGGGAUAGCACAAAGGCUUCCAAUGUCAAAGUUACAACCGGAAACACGCCAGAUUUUGUGGUCAAGGAAGAUGCUGCCGCAGACCCCAAGGCAACUGGUGGGAGUCUGCCAAUGAUCACUGUUGAAUUAGCCGAACCUCCCUCCAGGUCAACCGUUGAUGUUUUAAGCAAAUCUUCUACGAUAGAGGAAGAGGAACCUUCCGAUGAUGUACUAUCACGACCACCAAUCUCACGAGCUACAUCCAGUUACCGCAUCCUGCGUUUUGUGAGUGACCCAGGACCAGAUAGUAAUCCUGAGGAGGAGACGGAUCAGUCAUAGAGCCAACCAAGAUGUAGGAAGCUGCUAAAUCUCUAGCCCCUACCAAAGUUAUUCAUCAUCCCAAAUUCUGUGUGAAGCCUGUUUCCCACAAUGUAUUUCCAGAGAUAAAACUCCUCCUUGUUUGUUCCUAUUAUGUUCUGAUACCUGGGCAGUGUAAACACCAAUCUUACAAUAGGAAGUAAGGCUCAAAGAAGAAAGCACUUAAAUUCUGUUUAUGGUAAAGAUAUUUUGGUUGAUAUUAGUGAGAACCACAAUUGAUUUAAUUAUUGUCUGGUCUCCAGGAUAAUUGCCAUUUAUUAAUGCAGAUGCUGUUCCCUGGUACAUCAAUAUCCCCUCGCAUACUCAGAGCUGGGCCCUAUAAUAGAGCCACAAACAUUCUGGUGUUUGGCCCUAAUCCAAACAUAGCUUUACUCAAGCAAACAAUAUAUGUCUUGCAACCAAAGAUGAAAUGUAUUUUCUAGUUGUUAUCAGGGACAACAUUUCAUUGUAUUGUAUUAAAGUACAUUUUAUGUUGUCUAUUCCAGUUGUGAUAAAGAUAAUCACUGCUAAAUAUACCAAAAUUGUCUGACCAGUGACAGUAAUUCAACUUGUGGAAUGCACUCAAAUUGUUUGCAGUCAGGGACCAAAUGUACUGGUACAUUAAACCGAUUUUGGUCCAGUCAGUUAUUCCAGCCAAGCCAACAAUGCAGUCAACUCUGGAGUAUGGAAUGGGGUGCAUUGUAGUGGAGAACAGGAAAGGGGGAGCGUUCAAGUGCAGUAGGAAGUAAUUUAGCAAUAUGUAUUUGGGAGGGUCUGAGUGAAUGCAAUGUGUAAGGUGGAUUGGAGAAAUAGUUUAGCCAAACACAUUGAGGGGAGAAAACCAGGGAGGAGGCGUGUUUUGACUGAUGCUAAUCAGGGUCGGGUGGGGAAUAUAUGGCCAAACGUAGUCAACGGUUAGUGUGGAAAGGGGUGGAUUUGGUGUGACUGAAUGCAAUGUGUACAGUUCGGGGAGGGGCAAGAGCAGGGGUAAUAGUUGAGGGAAAAUGGAUGGUUGGGCGGAUUGGUUGGGUGGUGUGCUUAAAUUGAGGGUGAGGCCAUGGGCAGGAUGGGUGAUGGUUCAGGUGCAGUUCAGCACAAUUUGUAUUUAAGUUCGCUUGGGACUUUUUGUAGCUUCAAAUCAGCAGCAUCAACACUAAUGCUUUUGUUUAUACCCUGUGUUAAAGUGGAGCUGAAGCUUGAGGGUCAGAUCGGGCAUCAGCUCCUACUUUGCAGUGGGAAUCCAGCCAAAUCUUGGAGAAGUUGUGGCACUUAGUGAAACUUCUGAAUUUUUGCUGGCUGUAAUUCUGCUGCAUUCCAGCAAGAGAAGGAUGGUUGAGAAAGGAAAUGUGUUGAUGUUAAAUGAUUUGCUGCUCUUUAUGAUUUGCUUUCAAGAAUAUUAACUAAGUGAUUAAUUGAUGCACUUUUUGAAAAUUAACUUGUUUACAUAAGUUUCAGCAUAAAGAAGAAAUAUAAUUUUAUUUGUUGUGCUACAGGGUAUUUGGAGGUUCUGGUGAAUUGCUAUAAUGCUGGGAUGUUGAUUUUGUUUUUUUAUGCUGGUUUAUCAGAUGCUUCUAUAUUUGUUGAAAGCCAUAUAUUCAAUUAAUUCUAAAUAUUGCUGUGUCUGUUUCAGUGUCUCAUUUCAAUAGCUUGGAGCAUUCUUCCCCUGCAACACCUGAGAAUGCAUUGUGAGGGCUUUAGCUGAGAUCUGUAUAUCGUAGGUUUCCAUAUGUGGGUUUGGGCAGUUGGUCCCAUGAGAUCAUGUCUCAAUCAAUGGUCUCAUGUCCAUCUCAGUUUUGACUAGAAUUCAAGAAAGCAGAAUAGGGUCACAGUCAUUGGCUUGAAUAAACAGUGGGUCCAAUAACAGCAGAUAUCUGGAGCAGAGAAGGUCCAUUCUAUCAAAUGUCUUCUCAAAAAUGGAUGAAUAAACAGCAUCCGGGUUAUUAAAUGGUAAAUUUGAGUUGUGUUUGAGAAAGGUAUGUAGAAACCUCUACAUAACAGGAAUCACUUCUCUGAGCAGAUCCCCUGCAACGUGAUUCACAGCUCCAGACUACCUAAUAGUCAAUAUCUCUGCAUGCUUCCUUGGUGACUAAUCCUCACUUUGUAAACAAACACUGUGGAGAUGCUGUGUGUACCUGAAUAUGACAGAGAUUGCCUACAAGCACUGAUGCAAGCCUGGAGACUCACAACUGACAUGAUUUGAGGGGGUGAAUUCCUGAUACGUGACAAUGAGAGCUACCUACGCAAAUUAAACAGCUGGAGUUGCACCACCUUCCAUGCAUAUGGAGACGUAUUUCAUGACAAAGCCAAACUCCAUGGUAAAUAGCUGAGAGUGGGUUAAACAUGGCACACAGCCCGAUCCGCUGAGAAUACCUCUGCACGUUUAGAUGGUGGAUGACCCAUACCUUGUUGAAUAAACAGCCAAUGUCUCGAUCAGCAGCAAUAUUGUCUGAUGUUGUGAGUUUGAGGGCUUUAACUGCAAUUAUGUUAGUGCUAUAUAUCUAAUGAAGUUGCUGAAAUCUAGUGGUUGGUAAACAUUAGUUUUCAGGCGCUCCAGCUGCUUAUGGCAUUUCUGCACUGCUCUGAUGUUAGUCCUUGGUGUCUCUGAUUCCCAGCCCACAAGGUGGCAAUGUUGUACCAGCCUAAUGCAGGAAGCAAUUUUGAUAUUGUGUAUAUAACAGAAACAUUAUUAAUAAAAUUAUAUACAUUAUGUUA